UGCCUAAUGAUUCAACGCCGAUGUAACAGCGAUGAUAGUGAUCUGAUGAAUACCACGGCGGCACUAUGCACAGUGCCGUUUACGCUAGAUGGCACCACGAGCGACCCCAAAAUCAUUUGAGAUAGUAUACAGCGAAUCAGAAUCGAGUCAUCCCUACCAGUCCUACCACUAAUAAUUUACAUCGGACGUGAAAGAAGCUCGUUCGUCUCUGGUAAAAGUAUGGCGCUUUCCACGAGGCAGCAAGAGGGUCUGAGACAAGUGCCAUGGUUUUCUCUCGCAGAAUGGCAUCGAGUGUACGAGCAAAUUUAUUCAGACGAUGUGAACCAGCAGGACAAAGGAUACGAGAUGAUGCUUGCAUGGAAGGCAAGGAUACCGAAGCUGCCAGUGGGGAUCGAUUGCACUCUCUCCAUCCUCCGAAUCUGCGUGAGAGAUCGCGAAUGGACGCGGAAGAUCGACGACGGCCAUUUGCCGGUUAAUUAUGAGACAGAUUUGUGCCUGAUGUACUCGGCCACGAUCAUGAGGCUUUUGAAUCACAUAUCGAACAUUGGCCACACGAAGCAGACGUCUUUGUUUCAGAUAGCGAAACGGAUCAAUAUUCCAGAGUGGAUCGUAAAUCUGCGACAUGACACUGCUCACGGUUAUGAAUUACCCAACAUCGGUGUUCUACGAAUAGCUGUGAACAUUUUGCUCGCCUGGUUGCACGAGGAAUACUGGGCACCCGAGGCUAAGAGACUGGAGGAACGUUUGGCCUCUGUCGCCGCUACCGCCACCGUGGACGAAUCCACCGAGGUCGAACAAGUGCAGCAGGAUAUCGGUGACUUGAUCGAGCUCUGGACGUCUGUCAGCUUACACAUUCAUGCCGGUUAUAAUUUAGUGUCCAGCGUGCCUGAUCCUCGAUUGCAGGAGACACUGCUAGAUCUCCGUUCACAUGCAAUGUCUUUGUCAGUAAGUAAAAACGAUGGUAACGACGACGACGACGACGACGACGACGAGGAUGAUGAUAUAGAACUGAGCGACAGACAUGAUUACAUAGAGACUGCUGCUAGCGACGAUGUUGGAAAAGAUCAUCGUGUUCAGAAUCAGAAAUACACGUUGAAGACUGCAAAGAUCGUCCUCGUGUCUGAAAUAUUCAGAUAUCUCAAUAGAAAAUCAAUUGCCAACAGGAACGAUGCAGUUUGCACGAAUCUUCUCGCGUCAGAAGCUUUUCUACCAACGAACAAGGAUGUACUGUCGAUUUUUCAAGCUCAAGAGGACCGCGAGGACAACGAUGAACUGAGCAACGACAUUUUGCCAUUGGACAUGGUCACGUUUUGGAAAGAUAUCAUAUUUUUGUUGUACGAGAAAGAUUGUAUGGAAAGUCUGAUCGUGAAAUUAAUCGAAUUGGUUAAUGACGAACAGGCGAAUAGAGAGAGGAGAUUAUUAGCUUCUCUGUGGACAAGCACUCUGGCGUAUAGUUUUCUCAAAUUAGACAUUGCUCACAGGAUAUCGCGAGUGUUUGAAUAUCGAUUAGAAAAGAAUCUGUCGUCAAGAGCUUUUGAGAAUAGAGUGAAAGAGGAAACGGAUCGUGCCUAUCCACGUUUAAGACGUGUCCUCUGGUUGAACUUGUCGGAUACGGUGUUGUCGUGUUUCACCGAUAAAAAAUUCGUUUCGAACCUACUGUUAAACGUAAACGAAUUCUCAGUCAAAUUCAUCGUUCCUAUCUUAGAAUUAGCGAGUCCGAAAAUAGGCGAUGAUGACAAACGAUUGCUUUUGGAUCUAGUGAAUAUUUAUACGACCUCGCCUUCGAGUUGCUGCGUAAACAAGAAAAUUUUUACGCUCAAAGAUCUCCGUAGCAUAGAGAAUGAACGAGAGGGCAAUGAAUUAGAACACGAUGACGACGUAGCGUGGUGUGGUCCUGUGGCUGAUGAUGAAACAACGGUGCGAAAUGAUUAUUGGAAACUCGCCGAAACCGCUGGUGAUGCUGAUGGUCGUGCUACGCAUAAUUGGUCAGAGUGUCCGAUCGGUUUGCUUCCCUGGCAAGAUUCAAUGAAGUUCAUAAAUCCAAUAGAAACGAUAGUAGAAGAGCGUGACACUCGUACUUCAUCACGCCAAUCUGAAAUCACGCCUGGAAUCAUAGAUAGAAACGACUUGAGAAUGCAGAGCCAAAUUAAUUGGGACAACGUAUUGAGGAAAAAGAAACGGUUGAACAGGAGGCAGGAACGGAGGAACGCCGCAAACGUAGUUAUAAAUAAAGCUAUAAAGACUGCUGCUGCUGCUGCUGCUGCUGCUAAGAAACGAGGAUAGCACGUCGUAUAAAAGUAAUCUGUCCGUUCGUUCGUAAAUUUCGUCGUUUCGUCUUUAUCGUUUCCGUGUACGUCUCCGUUUGACAAAAGACAUAUAUGUACACGGAGUAUCAUCGCGCCGCCGCCGCGUAAUUCACACAAUUCGUCGUACAGUCGUCGAGUGCACUCGCUCGGUUGUCAAC